AUGCAGAGCGCAGAUGCAAUUAUCCUGGAAUGCAAGGAAAUCCAGGAUUUCUUCAGAAAGAACAAGCCGAUCAAACGGGCCCUGCAACACUUUCAGUUACUUUUCAAACAGACUGGGGGAAAUUUACCUGCAUCCUUGAGCAAAGAGUUCACAUGUCACAUGAUCCUGCUACAGGAGGAGAUGCAAUCCCGAUUCUCAGAUGUUGAUGAACACGUCGGAAAAUGUGCAUGGGCUGGAACAGACAGCUCUGAUGACAGCUGUUAUGAGGUUGACAUGCCAGAUUCUGCUUCAGGAAAUAGAAAGAAUGUGACCAUGGAGUUGAAUGGCCAGUCUUCCACACAAGACUCUUUUACCACCGGUGCGCAGUCCUCCACCAGUACCACCAGUGCACAGUCCUCCACCAGUACCACCGGUGCGCAGUCCUCCACCAGUACCACCGGUGCGCAGUCCUCCACUAGUACCACCGGUGCACAGUCCUCCACCAGUGGCCGGCCUUGCACAAGACCUCAUUCACCAGCCCAUUGCUGGAACAGAGACCAAUCCUCCAGAUCUGCUUCCUGGCAGGGUGAUUACAAUACCUACCUUUCGCUUAUUCAGGCAGUUUCUGAGGAUGAGGAUGAAGAUCUUUGCAAUGCUAUAAUGGCAAGCAUUCAGGACCAGGCAAUUCCCCCUGUAGCUGAAUUCCCAAUUAAGGAAAUAUUGGAGGAACUGUCAACAAAAAUGAAUUGCAAUCAAACCUGCAAGUUUAACAUCAAUCGUGCAUCUGUGCUGGAUGGUGCCAUACGGGGAUUUUCAAGACUCUCAUACAAUCCAAAUAACAGAAUGGUCGUCAGGUUUUCUGAUGAUAAGGGGAAGUAUGAAGAAGCUGUUAAUCUGGGUGGUCCUAGGCGAGAAUUUUUACGGCUGCUCCUGGUGGCACUGAUGCAGUCAUCAAUGUUUGAAGGAAAAGAGGGCAGUCUCAACUUGGCACUUGAUUCCCAAGCCAUCAGGGAGGACAGAUAUUUUGUAGCAGGGAGAGCAGUUGCAGUGAGUCUUGUACAUGGAGGACCUGCACCGGGUUGUUUCUCAAAGACCCUAGCCAAACGGCUCCUAUUUGACAGCUUAGUGCAGGGUCCAGACAUGUGCAGACCUGUUUUGGACGAUGUAGCUGAUUAUGAGCUUUAUAAUAAAAUAAAGAAGGUUACUGAAGCCACAACUCUUAUAGAGCUACAACACUCAACUGAGACCAUUAUGGACUACCUUGCCAACGCAGGUUGCCUGAGACCAUUAAAAAGCAUUGCCGACAGGGACAGGCUGGUUGAAGACAUACUGAUGUUCCAGGUGGUAAAUCGUGUUCAUGGACCAUUUGAAAGGUUCCGGGAUGGACUAAAAACUCUUGGUGUUCUUGAAAAACUCCAGCAACACCCAGAAGCUUUUAGAUCCAUAUUUUGUCACCAGACAAAUCAGCUGACAGCAGACAUAUUGGAUGACCUGUUUGAAAUACAAUGGUCAGAGAGUGGAAGCAACAAAAGAACAGAUGAGAACAGAGUAAUUGCCUUCUGGAGAGACUACUUGCAGGAUGUAGAAGGCUGCGACCGUCUAAGGACGUAUUUUAAGACCGAUUGUGUCACAGCAGCGCGACUUGAGGCUAGUAAGGCCGUCUCAAUUCAAAGGAUGCUGUCGCGGCCCACAUGUAACUUCAGGUAA